AUGGAGGGGCCCAACCUCACAACAGUGACCGAGUUCAUCCUGCUGGGCAUCACAGAUCGUCCUGAGCUGCAGGCUCCGCUCUUCCUCCUGUUCCUUGUCAUCUACCUGACCUCGCUGCUGGGCAACCUGGGCAUGAUCAUCCUCACCCAGGUGGACCCGGGGCUGCAGACUCCCAUGUACUUUUUCCUCAGACACCUGGCUGUGACGGAUCUUGGUUAUUCUACAGCUGUGGGACCCAAAAUGCUGGUAAAUUUUGUGGCUGAUCAAAAUACAAUCUCCUAUUAUGGUUGUGCCACACAGAUGGCUUUCUUUCUAUUUUUCAUUGUUAGUGAGUUUUUUAUUCUGUCUGCAAUGUCCUAUGACCGCUAUGUGGCCAUCUGUCACCCUCUCCUCUACACCACCAUCAUGUUACAAAAGGUAUGUCAUAUACUAGUGGUGAUUCCCUAUCUCUACUGCACAUUUGUGUCUCUCCUGGUCACCAUAAGGAUCUUCACUUCCUCCUUCUGUGACCAAAAUGUCAUCAGUCAUUUCUACUGUGACAGUCUACCUUUGUUAUCCUUGAUCUGCUCAGAUAUCCAAGAAAUUGAAUUGAUAAUUCUGAUCUUAGCAAGUUUUGAUUUGAUUUCUUCUCUUCUCAUUAUCCUCCUGUCCUACCUGCUCAUCCUCACAGCCAUCCUCAGGAUGAAGUCUGCAGAGGGCAGGCGCAGGGCCUUCUCCACCUGUGGAUCCCACCUGACCGUGGUCACCGUGUUCUAUGGGACCCUGAUAUUUAUGUACGUGCAGCCCAAGUCCAGUCACUCCAGCAACACUGACAAAGUGACUUCUAUAUUUUACACCCUCAUCAUCCCCAUGUUGAAUCCCUUAAUCUACAGCUUAAGGAACAAAGAUGUAAAAUGUGCCCUGCUAAGAACAUGGAAUAACUUAUGUAAUAUCAUAAUAGGUUUUUGUAAACUCUGA